UCCCCGGUGCCCGCCGGGCCGGGCCGGGCCGGGCCAGGGCGGGCGGCGGCGGCGGGAGCAGAGCCAGGGAAGAUGACAUCUCGGCUCCUGUGAGGCAGCAGUGCCCAGGGAGCGGCAGAGCCAUGGAGCUGGAGUACGAGCUGCCCAAUGCCACCGCCUUCUGGUUCUCCGCGGCGUCCCCCUUCGACAACUUCUCCCUGGAGGCGCCCACCAACACCUCCCAGAACGCCACGGGCCAGCACUUCGACCUGACCAGCAACGCCAUCCUCACCUUCAUCUACUUCGUGGUCUGCAUCAUCGGGCUGUGCGGCAACACGCUGGUCAUCUACGUCAUCCUCCGCUAUGCCAAGAUGAAAACCAUCACCAACAUCUACAUCCUCAACCUGGCCAUCGCAGACGAGCUCUUCAUGCUCGGGCUGCCCUUCCUGGCCAUGCAGGUGGCCCUGGUGCACUGGCCCUUUGGCAAAGCCCUCUGCAGGAUUGUCAUGACGGUGGAUGGCAUCAACCAGUUCACCAGUAUCUUCUGCCUGACGGUUAUGAGUGUUGACCGGUACCUGGCUGUCGUCCAUCCCAUCAAAUCUGCCAAGUGGAGGCGGCCCAGGACAGCCAAAAUGAUCAACAUGGCCGUUUGGGGCGUCUCCCUGCUGGUGAUCAUGCCCAUCAUGAUUUAUGCUGGGGUGCAGCACAACCACGGCAGGAGUAGCUGCACCAUCAUCUGGCCGGGAGAGUCGGGUGCCUGGUACACGGGAUUCAUCAUCUACGCCUUCAUCCUGGGCUUCCUGGUGCCUCUCACCAUUAUCUGCCUUUGCUACCUGUUCAUCAUCAUCAAAGUCAAGUCCUCGGGCAUCAGGGUGGGCUCCUCCAAGAGGAAAAAGUCCGAGAAGAAAGUCACCAGGAUGGUGUCCAUCGUGGUCGCUGUCUUCAUCUUCUGCUGGCUCCCCUUCUACAUCUUCAACGUCUCCUCCGUGUCCGUCAUGAUCGUGCCCACGCCCGUCCUCAAGGGCAUGUUCGACUUCGUGGUGGUCCUCAGCUAUGCCAACAGCUGUGCCAACCCCAUCCUCUACGCCUUCCUGUCCGACAACUUCAAGAAGAGCUUUCAGAACGUGCUGUGCCUGGUGAAGGUCAGUGGCAUGGACGAGGCCGACCGCAGCGACAGCAAGCAGGACAAAUCCCGGCUCAACGAGACCACGGAAACCCAGAGGACCCUGCUCAAUGGUGACCUGCAGACGAGCAUCUGAGGGGACAGCGGGGCUCGUCCCUCCUGCGCCCUCCUCUCCCCGCUGGCUCCCGGCUGCAGCAGAGGGGUGGCACUACGGUGUCGAGGCAGGAAUGCCACCUGAGGGGACGGCUGUGAGCACCCGAUGGGCGCGAGGGUUCUCUGCUGGGCUCCUCUCUGCUGGGUUGGCUUUCGAGCGCUGGGAAGGAGAUGCAUCAGGAGGAGCUGCCUCGCCAGGAAAACAAAGACAACUCACGGCGACGCGGCGCAUUUCGGCACCAAAGUGCCACCGCGGGCACAGGUACGGCCGGGGCGGCUCUGCUGGGUCCCCCGUGCCACCCUCGGGGCCGGCUGCCUUUGGGGCUCUGCCCCACGACGGGUGGGUGCACCUGGACACACAGGGGGACCUCAGGAGGAGCCGAGGGCACGGGUGUGUGACAACACGGGGACGCACCGAGCUGCGGGGAGCUCCCGGCGAGUCUCUCUCCCAGGACACCAGGAUGUUCGGGAUUGCAUUUUCCCGGGGCUGUUCGUUACUCCGGCGCACGCCCUGCAGCCUCCCCGUGCUGUGUGACUGCAGCGGCCGCCCUGCCCGGAGGGGACACGCCACGACCGAGGUGACCUCCCCACGGGAAGCAGCUCUAGCCCCGCAGCAGCCCCUCUGAUCCCACCCCGCCUCCUCCAGCCCUGCCAGGUCCCGCUGCUGGAGAGCCCUUUCCCGGCCCCUGCCGUGGCGUCACCUGCCCGCAGAUUUUCUCCUCGGAUGGAGAAUUUCCCCCUUCUCCCUCCCCAGUAGCCGCUGCCCCUCCCACCGCCCGCAUCUGCCGGCGGCCGGUCCCACGCUGCGCCGGCAGCCGCGAUCGCUGCUCGAGCACCCGCGGCACGGGCGCCCGGCUCCGCUCCCUGCUGGGAACUCCUUGGAAGUAUUUAAGCAGCGGGGACGCAUUGGAGAAGCCUGGCACGGGCACUUCCCACUGCACCCGGCUGAGAUCGGGGAUUGUCCGGCCGCGGCUCCGAGGAUCUCUGGGGUGGCACCUCCCCGCUCCUUCCAGGCAAGUCACGCUGGAGGCAGGGCUGACGGAGAGGAUGGGGACGGGAAGGGGGGUGCUGGGGACUCGGCCCCCGCCCUCGUCCGAGCCGAAGGCACCGGGCAGAGCAGACCACAGGGCUCCCAGCAGCUGGGGAUGAAGAGCAGGGCAGCACGAAUCCAUCCCCCUGGGUCCUGCACAGCGUGAGGGGUGGCGGGGCUGGCCCCACAUCCGCCGUAUUUGGCUUCUCAAGACUGUCCUGGAGCGCUCGGCCCUGUCCCUGUCCCUGCCUGCCCUCCCAGCUCAGCACAGACCGCGGCUCUGGAGCCCUGAACCCCCAGCAAAGCCCCUCCUUGGCCGGCGCAGCGGGAGCUCGAGGGAAAGCCCAGGGGAGAGGGAGAAGUGCCGGCUUCCUGCCGGAGCACCCGGAGCAGCUGCAGUGCCAGAGGCCGGAUCUGUUCACAGGCUCCUGCUGCAGACCCGAGCCGUGGGAACGUGGGGGGUUCGGUGGGGGAAACAGCCGGGGCUCGGACACCCUCCCCUUUCCCAGCCCAGCCUGGUGUCCCCGUCGCCAGCAGACACGGAGCCGUCACCUGGCACUACAAACAGUGAGGGAGGUGAGGCUGAGCAUUGCCCACGAGGUGCCACCCGCUUUGGGGUUCCACUUGCUCCGCCAUGCACCCCCAGGCGAUGCUCCAGCCGAGAGCACCAGCCCUGGCAGAAGUUUUCCCAUGGCUCUGCCCAGCUCCUGCAGCAAAUCCCAGCCUGGGGCAUUCCAUCCUGCUGUGCCACCCCUGCCAGCCCCCAACAGGGCUCAGUGCCAGGCUGGGUACCUGCUCCUGGCUGUGCAGGGCACGGCUCAGGCAUUUUCUGCAAGACAAAGCAAAGCAUUGUCAGCAAUUGUUUGCUUUUAACUCUUUCCUGUUCCUCCGAGGAACAGCGACAGCGUUCAGGUGCUCGUGGGCACCGUGUGGCACCUCCCUGUCCCCUCGCUGGGCACCGGGCACAGCCCGGCUGUGGCGUGGGGAGUGAGGCUGACCCCGGGCUCCGGGGCAGAGCGGUUCCCUGCUGACUCUGCAGGAAUUGAAGCACCGGCAGCAGGUCACGGCUCGGGGAAGCGCUGCUGGGGAGGGCUGGGAGCAGCGACGGGAUGAGGCUCCGUGUCACAGCCGCAGUGAUGCGUCAGUGCAGCCGUGGGCACUCCGUGGAGGAGGUGUCUGCGUGGAAAGCGGGCGUGGAAUGGGGACGGGGGUGUGUGGAGCCCCCAGCACUCACCUGCAGCCAGGCCAAACCCGGAUUUGCCGGUGUCUGACUCCAUCCCAGCCGUGUCUGUGCAAGCCCGGCCACCAAAAUCCCGAUGGAUGGAGGGGGGGACACCUGUUCCCAGCUGCACCCCUGCAGGAGUCCCCAGCAGGAGCCUGCAGCUGGGAUCACCCCCUCUCUGCGCUGGUUUGAUAUGGAAAUAUGGAAAUCCUGGGAAUUCCUAGGCCUGGGAAGGACCCACGCCCAGGUCAGCUUUGUCCUGGCAACCCCCCAGGCAGUGACACUUCUGGCUGCUCAGGGCUGGGAUCUGAAAUGUGUCCCCCUUUCGCACCCAGGGGCUCUGCUGGGAUGGGGAUAACGGGGCUGCAGGUGAGCAAUGAGGGGCGUGGGGCGCUGCCACCAACAUCCCAAAGGCCACCAAGGCAGGAUGUAACAGGGCAGGGGCUGCCAGAGCUCUCCGUGGCCACCUUCCCACAGCUCACUGAGGAAAAAGGGCAGGAAAGUGAAAUGUGCUGCCUUGGAGUGCCGGGAGGGAGCUGCAGCCACGGCCCAGCGCUGGCUGUAAAUGCAGCAAAACAAAACCUUCUGCUGUUCAUUGCUGACUAAUAAACAUCAGCACCGCUGCUGCUGCUGCUGCCAGUAACGAAGUUUUCCCUCCCAGCCACUUGAUUUUAGUGGGAACUUGACCUCAGAUUGGAUCUGCUCUGCAAAGCCUCGCAGGGCUGCUGGCAGUGGGAUGAGGAAUCUCUGCCGGUGACUGCGGAGCCAAGAGACUGAACCUGCGAGUGCUUCACACACAGCCUGGCCCUGGGCAGGAGGGGUGAGUGACAGCUCCCGCCUGGAGCGGCAGGAACGGCGUUAUCCCACAUCUGAGGUGAUGGGAAGCACGGGUCGGGGUGUGCCAAAGGCUCCCCUGCUGCCUCACCUGGGGCUGUCCCCUAGGGGCUGGGUCACCUCUGCACGAGCCUCCCAGUCCCAGUGUGGCCUCUCCAAAGCCUGUGGGAACCAAUUCCCCUUUUCCUCCUCACCACUGGUUCCCCCAGUGAGGCUGAGGGGCGGCUCCACAGCUCCCCGAUCCCACAGGAUCGACCUGCAUGGAGACAUCCCUGCUAUGCCCUUCCUCAGCCCUCGUGUGCGGAGCCGGGGCUGUGGCUGGGCUGGGCAUCCACCCGUAUCCCCCUCGCACCCAGCCUGGCUCCGGGAGCUGUGGUGGCCAGUGACCCCCAGUGCUCCAGAGCCAGAUCCUGCUGGGAUGGGCCAGAGAGGCUGGGGCUGGACCUGGAGCCUUCCCGGUGCAUCUCUGCAGCUCCUCGUGUUGGCUCCAGUGCUGCCUUGGACUGAAAUAAUCUCCUGAACUGUGCUGCUGUGUCUCCAGAGGGCUUCCCGACCCUGCCACCAUGGGAAGAGCCUCGUCUUUGUUGGAGACUCCACCGAGAGGUCGCUUCCCUCCCAGACCUGCCCAGGGUCCCCAUCCAGCUCCAUCCCAAGCAAGGAGAGCUCCCAGGUUCGGAUCCAGCCUUGUGAACGAGCUGUUUCCAAACUGCUCACGGAGAGUCUCCAUCCCCUCCCUGCGGCUGCUCCAAGGGGGAAUCUCCAGCGAGGCACAAGCAAAGGACACGGCAGAUCCCAAACCUGCCUUCCUGCUGCCAGCCUGGAAUGGGACCUGCUGCUUUCCAGCCCCAGGACACCUCUGCCCUGCCCUGCCAGCCUCUGACGCCCAGCCUGGCACCUCUGUGAAGGAUUUCAGCUCCACUCCCUGCUUGCUGCAAGACCUGGACUGUGAAAAGCCAGGACAGGAGAGCCAUCCUGCCUCCAGCUGUUUCCUGACCAGGAGACACUGAGGGAUGCAAAGCCUGGCCACUCCAUCCAUCCAUCCGUCCAUCCAUCCAUGCAUCCAUCCAUCCAUGCAUCCAUCCAUCCAUGCAUCCCACCCCACGCCGUGUCUGGGAGGAGGGACGGGACGGCUGGUUGUAAAUAUAUGUAAAUUGUAUAUACUGGAUGUGCCCAGGGGGGUUUCUGAUAACUGACACAGCCCCAUGGGGGGCCUUGGCUCCCCCUCACCCUCCCCGUGUGCCAGGGGAUUGGUGGCACCGUGCAGGAGCCGGGAGGGACCACGGAGGCUGCGGCCACUCUGCCAGGUGACUUCUGCAGGACCAGGGAGCUGAGGUUUAGUCUCUGUUCCCUGCAGAGCUCCAGGGCCCCCCAGCAGCGCCGUCCAUCCCCCCCGUGUCCGUAGCUGUGCUCUGUCAGUGCCCGUGGAUCCGUUGUGACCAGGACAUGCCGAGAGCGUGUCCCUGCUCCCAGACCUGUUUUCCUCCCCAGCAAUCGUUCCUCGGUGUCCUGGUGUGGGACUGGGCCUUCCCGCAGCGAAGGCUCCUGACUGCCACGGUCUGUGCCACGGGGAGGGGGCUGUGGAUGGUGCGGGAGGGAAAUAAAAGAGUUUUCCUACA